AUGACUGUGGCAACGGCCGCUAAAUUGGGUUACAAUUAUCAGGCAGCUGCUGGAGAUCGUCGUUUUGCCGGACUUAUUGAUGAUGAGGCAACUGGGUUCAGUGCAGUGGGUAGCCAACAGCAACAGCAGCAACAACAACAACUGCAACAAAACCAACUGCAACCAUUGGCCCCAUCUGACGAUGAGUUUAGCAAGGAGUUUUAUACGUAUUCAGCACCCGAGGAAGACUUUGCUGAUCGUGAUGCCACCGACCAAAUUGCCACAAUGUUGAAACGUAAUUUACGUGUACUUUUCAUCAAAUCACCUGAGCAUCAGGGUCUAACAAAUGCUGCCCUUCAGUUGGCCAAACAGGCCAGCGAACAGCGUACGGCCAUUUAUGUUUUAACCAAGCAAGCGGAUGUUGCCCAACUGGCUCAACGUUUGCAAACUGAGAACCAGAAUCAGUCUCACAAGCCUGAGGUGCAUUUCGUUAAAUAUCGUACGCCUGAGGAUGCUGUGCGUGCCCAGCAGCUUAUCCAGCAGCAAUUUGAUGCCUUGGGCGGCAGUUCACGUAGCUCGGAUGAGGGAGUGGCUCCUGUGCUUGACUUUAGCUCGGCGCCCACAUCCGUUCAGAGCAAAGAGUCAUCAGCUCAAGCUCAGGUUGCUGGUGGUGUUCCAAACUCAAAGUAUUUACCGGCGGCGUCGCUACGCAGUAGAUAA